CAUGACAUCAAAUAUUUUGGACUCACUGUGACUAAGCGGAACAACGCAAAUGGCGAUUGUUUUUUCUUGAAAGAAUUUAAACUCGAACGAAUGCGUGUUUUUUAUUUUUGCCUAUCUUGAUUUUCUUAUAUGUGAGUUUCAGCAGAACUGUGAAUUUAGUUUUUUUCGAGUUCAGUCAGCGCGAGAGGUUCAAGCUAAGCUUUAGUUAGCUAGCCGUUGCGUCGGUACACUGCGGGUUCAGGUUUGUCUUAAGCUGUUCCUAUGGCCGAUGACAGCUCCUAUAACGUUAAGUUGUACAUUUACGACAUCUCAAAAGGACUGGCCCGUCAACUCAGUCCCUUGAUGCUGGGAAGGCAACUCGAGGGAAUAUGGCACACCUCUAUAGUGGCUUAUGGGGAAGAGUUUUUCUUCGGAGGAGUGGGCAUUUCAAGUUGCCAUCCGGGUGGUACACUUUUAGGCAUGCCUGAUUCCAUUGUGGAUCUUGGAAACACAGAAGUUCCUCGAGACCUCUUUCUUGAAUAUCUCUCUUCUCUCAGUGAGUCAACAUAUAGACCUGACAAAUACCACCUGUUUGAACACAACUGCAACAACUUCAGUUGCGAGGUGGCCCAGUUCAUAACUGGAGCUAAGAUUCCCUCAUACAUAACUGACCUCCCAUCUGAGGUGCUCGCUACACCUUUUGGCCAAGCAAUCCGUCCUUUUCUUGAUUCCGUCACCAUCACUCCACCUGGGAGCAAUGGCAUGAAUGGAUUUGGCCAGAGGUAGAUCUGGCUGCAUCUAAGAAUUUAAAACUGAAACAGCCAUAAAGCUUGUGUUGCAUAUUUACAGGAUUAUUAAAUUAUCCAUUGUGCCUUUUCAGUUAACGAGAACCGUGUAAACAAAUAUCACAUAUGUUAUAACAUGUCUUCCAGAUUUCCUUCUCAGUGCCUAAUAAUAAGGUGAUGGGAGUUUUUCAUUUUGAACAGUUUAAUAUUCCCUUCAGUGAUAUGUAGUGCAGACAGAAGAAUCAGACACUGUUAGUCUGUUUAUGACACGUUGUUACCACCCAAGUUUUCAAAGACAAUUAAAAAAUGUUAGCAAAAAUAACCAAUAUUGAAAUAGGAAAAGGAUAUCUAAGGUAUAAACUAAAUCUAGUAGUAUAUUUAAUUAAAUUGCAAGUAACACACAUUUUUCUUGCAUAAGCAUCCGAAAGUAAUGAAUUGUCUGUUUACUCUUAUGGAAUUUUGACUGACAUCUUAAAUUGGUGAAAUGUAGCCUAAUGAAACUAGCAAGUAUCCCUUUAUCAGACUGCAUGUGUCUCUGCCUUACCUCAGUAAGAUCUGUCAUGCGUUGUAUGUAAGGGCUUUUAUUUGUUAGUUUUGUGAAACUCCAGUACAGUUAUCAGACAUUGGUUAAAUGCUAAACUUAAAUGAUUGAAAAAUAUGAAUAUUUCUAAACAAACAAACUUUAGCUCAUUGGAUGAGAAGGAUGCAUGUUAUAUAAAAUAUGCUUUGGUAAUUAAUACUGAUUUGAAGAAUUGAAUAUCAAUUAGUGCUCUUUAUUUAUCUGUAAAAUAAUUAGACAGUUCAUACUCUUUUAUUGUUUUUAGAGAUCAUAAAGUGCACAACUAAUUUUCAGAUGUCACUUUUACCUCAGGCAGUUUUGCUUUCUUUGUACUAUGCUGAUUGAUGAUUAUUGACUUCUGUGUUUUAACUGUUUAUCUAAACCUUACCUUUAUUCAGAACUACCUAAUAUCAAUCCUUCAUUGCCUUGAAUAUAUGCUCCAGAGGGUUUUAGAGGGUCACUGACAUUACAGGAAGUACAAUAUAAAGCCAUAAUUGUGUCUUUUAAGAUUAGGCUAAUGAAUGCUUUAUAAAAUGUGUAAGUAACACCAGCACACAUGAACCCAGCAGGAUAGCUGUAAUCUUGUGAUCAUUUCUGUUUUCUACAUUUGUUGCUCGGGGUGCUAUAGGAUAGCAAAUUUAAGAGUAGUGGGGCUGACCGCACACACAAUUGUUAUAUAACCAAUAUAUAACCAUCAGUAUACAGUAUAAAUUAUAAUAUCUGAAUGGUCCAACAGUAAAUUGCCUGAACUUUGUUAAGUCCAUAUAGGACCAUUGUUAUCCUAUAUCAUCUUAGAGAGGGCCUAAUGGGUAAAUUGCACUCACAGUGCCAAUUAGAAGUUAGAUAUUUUUAUAUUUAAUCUGACCACUUUAAAAAAUGUUGGCACAAUUUGUAACAUGAUAUUUUCAAUGUAAUAAACAUUCAUUGUAUUACAUUUAUCAAGUUCAGGUUAUGGUGCCUGACAUUUCUUAUUCUGUGCUUCUGUAAAUAUUAGUAAGAGCUCUUAAUUACUUUCUUCCUCAAAUAAAAUUAAGUUAUCUGUAUAUGUAUGGAAUCAUAGCAAGUUUUAAAUUCAGAAGGUCAUGGCAUUAAAUGUUGCAUUAGGGUUUGUUUUCUCAUUGCGUUUGUCAUUUUAAAGUGAAGAGGAGAACUCAUUUCUGCACCACACUGCUUGGAUUAGUUUGUGAAAUACUCAUUGAACAGUAAACAGUAGGUGGCGGUAUGUGCUGCUUCAUCUGUCAGUAAGUGACAGCAGUGUCGUAGAUGAAACCAUGGGUCUGGUCAGAAGAUUUAUAUAGUUAUUAUAUAAAAACAUUCUGGUGGUUGGGAGGAGCAGAGGUAUUCAAGCCUUAAGAUUAUUUUUGUGAAAUUAAUGGAGAUCAAUUGAAAGCAGUAUUUUUUUUUUUUUUUACUUUGAAGUGUUCAAAUAUAAAUAUGACUAUGUUGUCCCUAGACAUUUACAUUUAUAGAACAUAUUGACAUAUUUUGUUCUAUACAUUUUCUUUAGUUGGUCUUAAGAAGUCUUAAAUUUAGCUUCAUAAAACCUGCAGAAACCCUGGAAAAUUAUGUUUUGUCCCUGCUGGAAAAAGAAAUAGACAUUUUGAAAGUGUUUUUGUAUGUUUUGGUUCUUCCUUGUCAGUUUGCAUGACUUUAGUAAUUAAUUGACCUCCAAGUGGCACAAGAGAGCUGCAUUUUGCUUGUUUCAUGUGUAAAUCCUCAUAUUGGUCAUCUAAAUGUUAACUGUAUGAAUACUUUGAUGUUACAAAUUUCAGCUUUUAAUAUAGCUAUUUUACAUAUUUCAAUCUGGUUCCAAUUUUUCUAAGAAAAGUGAACAAUUCCAAAAAGACUAACUCCUAUUAAAGUUUUUCAUUGUUACAGUUUACUUAAACGUUUACGAAAAGAUAAGCACAAGUAACAAUCUGUACUUUUGAAGUUGCAUUUGAAUUGCAUCAUCUUGCUCACCUCUAU